GCCCGGUUCUCUCCGUUCGUCCUUCCCCCUGCCCAGCUACACACAAGGCUGGAGAGUCUCCGGCAGCACGGCGCACAAGACAACCUACUGACAGCUGCGACUGACUCACAACCGAGAGGGGAAAGAUGGAGCACAGAGACACCGACUUCAACAUAUUGUUAGCGACCGAUUCGUACAAGGUAACACAUUAUAAACAGUACCCCCCCAAUACGAGUAAAGUGUACUCCUACUUCGAGUGCCGUGAGAAGAGGACAGAUCCCUCCAAAAACAGAAAAGUCAAAUAUGACAAAACUGUCUUUUACGGGCUACAGUACAUCCUGCACAAAUAUCUAAAAGGAAAAGUAAUAACUCCACAGAAGAUUCAGGAGGCAAAGGAGGUCUACAGAGAACACUUCCAGGAUGAUGUUUUUAAUGAGAAGGGGUGGACUUAUAUUUUGGAGAAAUACAAUGGACACCUGCCCAUUGAAAUCAAGGCCGUGCCAGAGGGGAGUGUCAUUCCUCGAGGCAAUGUAUUGUUCACAGUGGAGAGCACUGACCCUGAAUGCUACUGGCUCACUAACUGGGUGGAGACUAUCCUGGUUCAGAUCUGGUAUCCCAUCACUGUGGCGACCAACUCUAGAGAGCAGAAGAAGAUCCUCGCCAAGUACCUCUUAGAGACUUCUGGGAACUUGGAGAAGCUAGAGUAUAAACUACAUGACUUCGGCUACAGGGGUGUGUCCUCACAAGAGACUGCUGGCAUAGGAGCCUCCGCCCAUCUGGUCAACUUUAAGGGCACAGACACGGUCGCUGGCAUCGGAGUCAUUAAGAAGUACUAUGGCACCAAGGACCCUGUGCCAGGCUUCUCAGUCCCCGCUGCUGAGCACAGUACCAUCACAGCAUGGGGGAAAGACCAUGAAAAAGAUGCCUUUGAGCACAUCAUCAAGCAGUUUCCCAGCGUGCCUGUGUCCAUAGUCAGUGACAGCUAUGACAUCUACAACGCCUGCGAGAAGAUUUGGGGAGAGGACCUACGAGGGCUGAUUGAGACACGCAGCGCAGAUGCCCCGCUCGUUGUUCGACCAGACUCGGGAAACCCGCUCGAUACAGUUUUGAAGGUUUUGGAGAUUCUUGGUAAGAAGUUUCCACCAACUGAGAACUCUAAAGGGUUCAAGGUUCUCCCUCCUUACAUUCGAGUCAUACAAGGAGACGGGGUGGAUAUCAACACACUGCAAGAGAUAGUGGAGGGAAUGAAGCAACACAGAUGGUCCAUUGAGAACAUUGCCUUUGGGUCUGGAGGGGCUCUGCUGCAGAAACUGACCAGAGAUCUGCUCAACUGCUCAUUCAAAUGCAGCUACGUGGUCACCAAUGGACUAGGGGUGAACGUGUUCAAGGAUCCAGUGGCAGACCCCAACAAGAGGUCAAAGAAAGGUCGUCUGUCUCUGCACCGGACACCGAGUGGAGACUUUGUCACUCUGGAGGAGGGCAAGGGUGACCUGGAGGAGUAUGGCGUGGACCUGUUGCACACCGUCUUUCGUAAUGGGAAGAUUGUGAAGACGUACACGUUUGACGAAGUCAGAGACAAUGCUAAGCUCAAAGAGAGUGAGCUUGAAGAGCUGCUGCACUGAAUGCAGUCCUGCUAAAACCCCACAUGAUAUCCAAAUCCCCCCUCUCCCCUUUCAACCUUUCACCUUUUUGGCCUCCACUAUCGGCCUAGAAAAAUGGAGGUAGUGUGCACUGUUAAUAGACCCCCACUCUUGAAGCCUGAGAAUUCCUUCAAAAUGUUCCUAAAAACCUUAGAUUCCCUUAAAUUUCCAGAAAUUUCACUCUUUGUUCCAAAAUGCUGUUUGUUGGUUCUCCAGCAGAGUGGGGAAUGAGAAUUUUGGAAACUCCUCAGAUCAGUGACAAACCCCUUUAGAGUUGGGGGUGGGGGGUGAGUGAGGGAGACAGAAGGAAAAUGUGUUUUUAUUGUACGCAAAAGAUAUGACAGAUGUGAGAGAAGUCGUGAUUGUGAUGUUAGAACGUUAAAAUCUUUGUGCUACUGCCCCUAAAUUGAAGUCCGGCGUGUUGCACUGAGAGGCCGGUUACAUCUCAACCUAAUGAAUGCUAUUGGCUGGCUGCUGGCAGGCGGCACGUCGGCAGACCUUUUCCGUGACGACACGCGGGCAGUUGAGAUGAUUGUAGGUUUCUGAAUGAGUUUUUUGUGGGUGCGUGCCGAGUGAAGCCAAUGAGUGAGAAAGAACCUGAUGGAAAGAAAAUCUAAAGCCACACCCACACGAGUUAACAUUCUCCGUGUAUCCUGUACAGAACUGUUUAGGAAAAAAAAUUUUACCUGUCUGAAUCUACUUAGCGUCGUCUUUUUGUGUGAAGGAAGAAAACGGUGAACAUGAUAUAAUGCGGUGCACCAAUAACACUUGUACUUGGUAUAACAGGAAAUCAUCAACACCUAGACUGUAAGCAUGAGCAAUGAAGAAUUUUAGCAGUAAAAAGCCAAAUUUAUAAUAGGCCAGUAUUUAUCAAGUACUUGCAUUCUACCACCACAAAUUAUUGGCGCAUCUCUGGAGGUAUAUAUGAUCAUUUACUUGCAGUUAUGUUGCCCACAGUGUAUUCACAUCGUGAAGGUUUGAUCCACAAUCCAGUCACACCACAAAAUCACAAAUAGUGGAAAAAGAAAGAGGAAGGUUUAUCAGAAGAUCUGAAGUUAAUUUUCUUUUUAAUUCCCAUUGAUUUUCUUUUUUUUUUUUUUUUUUUUUUUCCCCAAGAGUCAGGUUUGAAUACAUGCAAAUAGACAUUCAAUUCAUAUUGUUAAAAUAGUUGUUAAUAGAUGUUAAAAUCUCACCUUUUUUUCCCCCUCAGUCUUCAAGAAGCCCUAAGAUUAGAUAUCCCCAAUGAACUUUUAAGAAUCAGGUUUUUGGAUUGGGUCUUCAUGAUGGUGAAUGGUCAGUCAUUGCUAUUAAUAAGACCAAGAGUUGAUGUAAAAUAUACAUUGCAGAAAUCGUCUUCACUGGAAUGACGACGAUUAAAAACUAUGUGUUUAUGAAAGAUGACCUGCAUAUGUGUGGCGCCUGGAUUGAAAUGUUUGUUACAUGUUGAUUCUGAUGUCUUUGUGUGUCCGUGUGUGUGAGAGACAUUUUUCUUCCUUUAAAGGACUGCGUGAUAUUCCUUUUAUGCAAAUGUGUUUGUUUGUCGUGGGAAUAAAACAACAUUCUUCCUGGCCUUUUAUUCUGAAAGGAGACAUGGCGUCGUGACAGUCACGUGGUGAUACACUAGCAAGUUUGUUUAACUCUUUGGCAGCCAAGAGAAGAAAGAAACAAAAACAAAUACUUUCUGACAUUAACAUGCACCAGCCAUGCGUUGGUAGUUGGUGAAGCAUAGUUGCUGGUCAGCAAAGCAUUGCCCUUAGUAUCACUGCCUUAACUUUUGAAGAAUGGUUGUUUGAAUUCAUUGCCCUGGUAUAAAUGGGGUUUCGCUUGCUAAUGCCUUUUGGAGUUGAUCAAAUUUCCAUUCAGAGCAUCUUAGCUGAGUGUCACGAUUGUGGUGGGUGUCAUUUCUUGAACUGGCCUUUUCAGAGUGAAGGGAUUUUUUGCUAGUAGAGAGCUAGGAGCCGGUGACAUCACAGGACAAAUAAGUCAAAAUUGUUAAAAGUACCUCUUCGUUGAUCCAGAGCGACUUAACUUAGUGUGAUCCACGGGAGACGAGUCUUUUGGUGAUCCUCAAAAUUCACUUAGCACCACCAAAAGGUUCGCAUUUGAGUUGUGAACUGCCAUUAGUAGUCGUUCCAGGCGGUGAUUUACUCCUAAUCGUGUUCGGCUCCAACACACCCUCACAGAGCUGCUGUCCUGUUAAAACUUUAAAACCUCCAGGUGAUCAUUUAUUCCCUGGCAGUGCACCCGAUUCUGACAUUCAGCUGCUUCAUAUUCAUAAUUUCACACGUUAUGCCCUUAGGGAGCUCCACAGAGCUAUCACGGUCUGCCCCUGAGCAGCUUCACUGGAAUAUUAGACCAUCAGCGACCUUUUAUUUAAUUUUAUUUUUAUUAUUUUUUUUAAACCUUUUGUCAUGGACACUGACCCUGCUAGCUUUGCUUGAUGAGACCUGUGAUGUCACCGACUCCCAUUCCUCUCCACCAAAAACAGACAAGCUGAGUGAAUCACAUGCUGAUGCAUCAGAUCGUUGUAAAAUUUUCCUUCUGGGUUUUUUGUUUUUGGUCGCUGCUGUUACCUGUAAGAUCAUUUGUUAUCCAGCUGUCACAGUCCUUUUUUCUUUUCCAAUUACAGGGGUGCAUUUAGUAAAAUUUUAAUUUUACUAUUUUGAUACUGUCUUGGUUCUUACCUCAGAGAAAUCUUAUUUUGUAUGACAAAGGAAAAAAAAAUGCCAGAAAUAUUGCAUUAAAUAUCCUUAUUUACAACUGAUGCGGCCAUACUGCCUUCACACUUGUACAUAAAACAAGUAGUUCAACUGAAAGCAUAGAGGGCAGGAUAGGGAGACGAUCACACUUGAUAAAAUUAUUAUUUUUGUCAGAAUGAUCAUUUUUGUACCAACAGAAGAAUAUCCAAAACUGCUUGACAGAACUAGAAGUGUGACUGUCAAGCUUUUAGCUUCUGUUUGUGUGUGUGUGUGCGUGUGUGUGUGAUGAAUGGAAAAAGUGUGAAUACUUUUUUUUUUUUUUUUUUCCCCCUUCCUGUUGUUGUUGUUUUACUUGUAUGUAUAUGUUGAUUGUUCCAAAUUCUCUCCCAGCACAAAUGAUAUUUUAACUAACAUAACAUGCUAUGUUGUCAACAAUACAUUGAUUAAAGAUGCCACCCUGUCAGUUUGAA